CCUGUUAGAUCCGUAAUGACAGCAGUUUCCUGCAGACGCAGAGUGGUUUCUGUUUAUCGCUGUUCAUUUCGGGAGUCAUGAGUGCUGCUUCCCUUGUUCAGAGGUUAGCAGGCAUUUCUGGUGCUCUUGCAGUCGCCGCAGGUGCCUAUGGAUCGCACGGCUUCAGACGGAGUGAAGCGAGCGAUUACCAGAGGGAGUUGUAUGAUACAGCAAACAAGUACCAUAUCUAUCACAGUUUGGCAAUGUUAGGAGCUGCUCGAUGCAGGAAACCUGCUCUGGCAGGUGCAAUUCUCCUCACCGGCAUGAGCUGCUUCUGUGGUCCACUGUACCACCAGGCCUUAACAAAUGACCCCAGCUUCAGUAAGCUGGCACCGAUUGGGGGAACUCUACUUAUUGUUGGCUGGGCUGCAAUGGCUCUUUAAACGUAAAAAUUUAACCUCUCCAUUGGAUAGACCCUGACCCUCUGACUGCAUUCUCAGAAAAAUAUGUUCAGUUACUCACACAAGAAAAAUGAGAUUUGGUGCGACUGCAGAAGAGAAGGACGAAGAAACCCACUUCUUAUCUAAACCCAGUCACGUCUGGAAAGUGAUGAUAAGGCCUUGGGAUCAAACAUUUUUCAUUUUCCACACUGUCACAGGCAUCUUUAUAUUGUCAGUGUGAAUUUUUUUCCCUUAGUACUGAGAGUGAAUGUGUAUGUACAUGCUUUUUCUUUGUUUGAAAAAAUAAAGCUGUCAGAGAAGUUGA